AUGACUUUACUCAAACAAGACAGUCCAAAGGAAAUUCUUGGAUCGUUUUGUGAUGAAAUUUUUCCGUCAAAUACUACGACUAUAUUACAUAUCAAUAACCCUAUGUCUAUAAGACGACGCCCUGCAGCUAGCCAGUAUGUGAAAAGUUUGGGUGUAUAUUUUGGAAUACCUCUUAUAACAUGGGAUGCUGAAGAUUCUGGAGGAUCAACGAAUCGAAUAGAAUCCAGAACCUUACAAAUAGCGCCAACCAUUCAUCACCAAACUAAAGCUAUGUUUUCAUUGUUACAAAGAUAUAACUGGACCCUAUUUUCUAUAGUUACAUCUAAAACAGCGGGUCAUUUAGAUUUCAUCUCAUCAUUACGAGCUUUAGCAAAAUCCACCAACAAACAGACAACAAUCGAAGUUGUUACUCAUAUAAUUCUAAGGGAUACAAAAAACGCCACUGAAUCGAAAGCAGCAUUAUCGCAGUUAACUAAAUUUGACAGUCGCGUUAUAUUACUUCAUGCAAACAGUUUAGAAUCAAAAUAUAUCAUGGACUAUGCUCAUGAAUUAGGAAUAGCUGGACAGGAAUUUGUAUGGAUAUUGAGUCAAACAGCCAUACCAACCGCAACGUAUGCUCCAAGAUCAUUUCAUUAUGGGCUUUUGGGUAUCUCAUAUGAUCAUGGUAAAGAAGCUAUGAUAGAAGCUAUCAAGAUGGGUACCACCAUUUGGAUAAACGCAUUAAAUAACUUGGCCACAACCAGAGGAUUACAUACUAAAUAUAAAAUGUCACCAAAUUUGAGUUGUGAAGGAAUUGGCAAAAUGUUCUGGAAAAAUGGAUCUGUAUUUUACAAUUAUUUAAAGAAUGUUACAGUUGCUGGUCCACCAAGUAUAUCUUUUAAUGAAUCGGGUAUAUUGAUGACUACAGAUUUACAAAUUCUAAAUAUACAGAGAAGAGAUGGGAAUAAGCGGAUGUGGGAGCAGGUUGGUUCAUGGACAAACAAGGGAUUAAUCAUGAAAGACAUUACUUGGCCUGGUGAAGCUGCAGCGCCUCCUCGUGGUAAGCCAGAGCGGAAGUUUGUAAGGGUGUUAACAUUACAUGAAAAUCCUUACGUCAUUUAUGAAGAACCAAAAGAUGGCGAAUGCAGCAGAUCCCAAGCACCAUGUCAUGUAUAUGAACGGGAUGAAAACAAAAAUAGAUUAUCCAAUGAUACGAUAAUGAAAUGCUGUGUUGGUCUGAGUAUAGAUUUAUUGAGAAUAUUGAGUACAGAAUUGGAUUUUGAUUAUGAAUUGAAAGAGGUGGAAGAUGGGCAAUGGGGUGCAUUUAAUCCGAAAUGGAAUGGUUUACCAAAGGCUUUAGCUGACGGGAAAGGAGACUGGGUGGUAACAUCAUUAAAGAUCAACCCAGAGAGAAAUACCAUUGUUGAUUUCUCUGUACCGUAUUUAGAAACUGGUAUCACUAUUAUUGUAGCUAUAAGAGAAGGGGCUAUAUCUGCCACGGCUUUUCUGGAACCAUACGAUUACCCAUCUUGGACGUUGAUUCUGGUCUUUAGUGUUCACGCAACUGGAGCAUCGAUAUUCAUAUUUGAAUGGUUAAGUCCAUACGGUUUAAAUCAAGGACAAACUACUUUGCGAGAACACAAGUUUUCCUUGUUCCGAUCUUUCUGGUUAAUAUGGGCCAUGUUAUUCAGUGCUGCUGUUUCGACGGAUACACCACGAGGUGUGUCCAGUCGAUUCCUUGCCAAUAUGUGGGCUCUGUUCGCAUUAGUCUUCCUGGCCAGCUAUACUGCCAAUCUUGCAGCAUUUAUGAUAACCAAAGAAGAAUAUUAUGAUUUAUCUGGUAUUCAAGACUAUAGGCUGAAGAAUCCACAUGCCCUCAAGCCACCAUUUAAAUAUGCAACCAUACCCAGUGGAAGUACAGAAACCAACAUCAAAAAGAACCACCCAGAUAUGUAUGCCUAUAUGAAACGCUAUAAUGUACCAACAGUUGAAGAUGGCAUCAUGGCUUUAAAGAAACAAGAAAUUCAGGCUUUUAUUUAUGAUGCUACGGUAUUAGAAUAUUUAGCUGGUAAAGACAAAGGUUGUAGACUGAUCACUGUUGGUAAAUGGUAUGCUAUGACAGGUUAUGGUAUUGCUUUUCCUUAUGGAUCACCAUGGAAAGAUAAAAUCAAUAAAGUUUUGUUACAACUGCAAGACAUGGGUGAGAUGGAACGGUUGCAAAAAUACUGGUUAUCAGGCGCCUGCAAUAAGAAGAAAAAGAGAAAAGGAAUCAAAAGUCAUACUUUAGGAAUUUUAAAUUUUACUAGUGCAUUUAUAUUGUUGGCUUUAGGUAUGAUGCUAGGUGCUAUUUUAUUGGGAUUAGAACAUUGUUAUUUUCGGUUUGGAAGAAGUAAAUUAAAGAAGUGGGAUAAAUGUGGUUGUUGUACUUUAGUUAGUUUGAGUAUGGGUAAAUCGUUAACAUUUGAACAAUCAGUAUUAGAAGCUAUACAGUCUCAUCGUAAACGACGCUGUAAAGAUCCGCUCUGUGAAACUCAGCUAUGGAAAAUUAAACACGAGUUAGAUUUAGCUUUAUUAAAAAUAGAUAGAUUAGAAGAUAAGAGGUAUGUAUUUUGUUUAUAA